AGAAUUAGAUAAUAUUAAAUCGUUAAAUCACUAAAAAAAAUUGAGUUCAAAUUAAAUCAAAUAAAAAAUUAUGCUAAAAUUUGAAAAGUCAUAUCAUAUGAUAAGACACAUAUAAGACUAUAAACUCAAGACGUCGGUAUUAGAUCCCGUACUUAGCAUAAAUCUUAAUUAAGGAUAAGAAAUUAAAAAGCAAACAGUGUCGUUAAAGGAUAGACAUUACAUUAGAGAGGUAAUGAUUAUGAAAUUAAAAAAAGCAUUGAAAAAAAAAAAUAUAUAUAUAUCCAAAAAAAAAAAAAAAAAUUAAAAAAAAAGAAAAAAAAAGGGAAAAAAAAGAAGAAAAAAGAAGAAAAUGAAAACCCAAAAAGCAGUGUAAUUGCAUUCCAAUUCCCCCAUUGGUGACUCUUUCGAUACCGCCUGCUGCCAGUCUCUUCAAAUACUCACUUUCUCUCUCAUCUUUAUCACAACUAUUUCAAUUCAAUCUUCAACCCCCUUCAAUUUCCCAAUUUCAAUUACUAGGUAUUUUUUUCGAACCUUAAACCCUAAUUAUCCCCUACAAAAAUCUCAUCCAUUUUGAUUUGUUUAGAAUUUUGGGAAUUGUGUAUAGAAAUCAGUGAAUUGUUCAUCUAAUGGGAGAAUCGUCGUUGACGGUGGCUAUGGCGGCGAGUAACGGAAAUAGUAACGGCGGUAGUACGCCGGCGCCGUUUCUGAGCAAGACGUAUGAUAUGGUCGAUGAUCCUUCAACUGAUUCUGUGGUUUCAUGGAGUUGUAAUGGUAACAGUUUUGUUGUUUGGAAUGUUCCUGAGUUUGCUAAAGAUCUUUUGCCUAAGUUUUUCAAGCAUAACAAUUUCUCCAGCUUCGUUCGUCAGCUUAAUACUUAUGGUUUUCGGAAAGUUGAUCCAGACCGCUGGAAAUUUGCUAAUGAGGGGUUUUUAAGAGGUCAGAAACACUUGUUGAAGAGUAUCACCAGGCGCAAACCGGUUAAUGCUCAUCCUCAUCCACAGCAGUCUUCAAUUCAAAACACUUCUGCUAAAUCAUGUGUUGAGGUAGGUAAGUUUGGCCUUGAAGAAGAAGUUGAAAGGCUUAAAAGGGACAAGAAUGUUCUUAUGCAAGAACUUGUUAGGUUGAGGCAACAACAGCAAACAACAGAUAACCAGUUACAGAGUGUUGGGCAGCGCGUUCAGGGCAUGGAGGAGAGGCAGCAGCAGAUGAUGUCAUUUCUCGCCAAAGCUAUGCAGAGGCCAGGCUUCUUGGCCCAAAUAGUGCAGCAGCAAAAUGAAAGCAACAGACAUGUCACAGGAGGCAAUAAAAAGAGGAGACUUCCUAAUCAUGAUGAAGAAGGUGCUGGAACAGAAAGUAUGCAUACUGACUACUCUGAUGGUCAGGUUGUUAAAUAUCAGCCUUUGAUAAACGAAGCUGCUAAGUCAAUGCUUAGAGAGAUCUUGAAAUUAAAUGGACCCCUGCUUGACCAGUCGCCCAAGGACCCUAAUAAUUUUUUGCUUGAUCAUGUGCCUGCUGCAUCCAGUGUAGUAGACUGUGGCAGCUCCUCUACUCGAACUUCAGGAGUGAUUCUUUCUGAAGUAGCACAGUGUUCUAAGCAGUCAUUCAUUCCUGAAGAAACAGGGUUUUCCAGCAAUAAUGCUUUAAAUUCAGAAAUUCAUUCUUCUUGCCCUGUGGGAAGUGACCCAGCUAAAGAAAUUCAAAUCCCAGAAAUCGAUUUGUCAAGUUCUCAAGAAGAUGCAUUGAUGUCAGAGUUAAACCAAGUGCUUCAUCCCGAGAGCAGUCUUAAACUUCCUGAUAUGACUUUCUCUGUGACCCAGAAUCCUGAUGUUGGUUUUACAGAUUCAUUGUCAACGGUUCAAAAUGGGACAUUACCAAAAGGUUCAGAGGAAUACUCUCCCAGUCCUGAUCUGGAUGUUUGUCUUCCUGGAAGUAAUGAUGUAUUCUGGGAGCAAUUUUUCCCCAUGAGCCCAUUGGGUGAAAAUACAGAAGAGGUUGAUUCUAGUACACCAGAGACCGGCAUUACUAGAGAGCUUGAAAUAGGCGAAGAUAAGGGAUGGGAGAAACUGCACCAUAUGAAUCAUCUAACUGAUCAAAUGGGUCUUCUUACAGCAGAGAUGGGAAGGAUUUGACCUCAGCAACCAACUUUGUAUAUCUCAAGUCAUUUUGAGGUAAAUGUACAGCUCACAAAUUUUGCUUGUCAUUUUGUUUCUUCUAGACUUGUAGAUUUAGUCAGGCAAUGUUCUAAAGCUUCUGCCCCAGUGUCAAUAGUAUGAGUAUUACAAAGAUGUGAAUCAUAUUUUAGCUUUGUAAAACCUUAGCUGUAUGAUGUGACUUCUGCAGUAUGUAGUCUAUUUCCUGGUAGGAGGCUAGGCUAAGUUUUUGUUACUGAAUAUCAAAGAAUCUAUUUGCUUACAACAAGUCCUUUUCAGGUUUGUGGUUCAUGCUGUUGGCUGAGAAAGAUAUCAUAUACCCAAAGCUCUGGUGAUGGGAAGCAUGAAAGGGUUUUUAGUUAUUUUUGAAGUUGUA